AUGUCUGAAAAUUAUUUUUACCUUAACCGCAAUCAACGAAGCAAUGUAUUGUAUUUUAAAGAAUGGUUGCCAAAUGUCUAUCUACUGAAGGUUAAGACUUUGAGAAGAAACAACGUUAAUAUAGCAGAAUCUCAAUACCGCCAGGAGCUAGAAGAAGCUAUAACUACGUAUGUAAUAAAAAAUGGGUUAUCUAUUUUUUCGGAAGAUGAUGAACAAUUUUGCAGAAGGGGAUGGAAAAAUAACAACAUAGGCCUAUGUUGCUCAUCGAAGGGUGCAGUUCAGGGGAUUCAUCAUUCUGGUGUAGGUCUCACACUAGGUUCGGAACAACAUCAAAAAUUUUAUAAAGAAGCUUGGAUGAAAGAAAAAGAGAAACGACAAGCUAUGGAACAGGAACGUAACAAAGUUAAGCUAGGAAAUAGUUGCUCGGAAGCUACUAUAGUCGCAUAUAUCGAAAUUGUUCGUCAUUUGGAAUGCUUAGAUCCAGCGAUGAUUAAACCAGAAGUUCCUUUAGCAUCUGGUAUUAUUAAUCUCUCUAGAAAUGAAGACCCAUUUGUAAAUUUGUUAUCGUCUAGGUCUAAGCAGAUUUUGAUGCACCAUAAGUUCGGCAAUAAUGAAUUUCUGGGAGAAAUUAAAUUCAUGGUAGAUGAUUUGGUAGACACGUAUAAAGAUCUAAAACCUGACUUUGAUCCUGUGUUAAUGCGACCAAUAGCCUUUCUACAAGGAGAAAUGUCAAUUGAAUCCAGACGUAUACUGAUGGCAGUUUUUGACUUGUUAGAAGGAUUGCAACAUAUUUGGAGUCUGAGACCAUUAUUAAUAGAAGAUGAUUACAGCGAGAACUCAUAUGUAAUUCAUGCUGUAUCAAAGGUUUUAGAUCCAAUCUUCACAUAUUCGAAGUGGUCCCUUAAACCCAGAUCAAUAAAUGUCAAGUUAGGAAAAGUUCCUGUUUUAGGUAUCCAAGUAAUACGAGAUCGUGUGGUUGUUUCUGCAUUAGACUUAUUUGAAGACAAUUUUUAUCGGGUUUUCCAAAUAUCUGAGUUGGUUAUACUAUUAUAUAUUUCCUCAUGCCUGAUAGUUGAAGAAUUUUUAAAAAACACCUUUAAAAUGAGGUUCGUGGUAGAAAAAAUUAUUGCAAUGUCUGUUGAUGUGAAGGACGAAAUUAGUCUUUUGCUAGUAACUAAAGAUCGGACUCCAUCAACAUCAUUCAUGUUAACAACAUAUUCUCCACCAAAAAAUUUAUAG